GGAGGGGCCGCCGCCAUGACAACCACGAAGGGAGCGGACCCGACGGAAGGCGGCGCGCCGCUAGGGGUCGGACCGCCGCGGGAACUGCAGGCGGCAGCGCCGAGCCGGGCGCUGAUUGGAGGCGGCGGCGUGUCAGUCAGCGCCGAGCGGCGGCGGGUGACGCACGCGGAGCGGAGCAUGGACGCGCUGGGCAGGAAGGUGGUGGUGUGCGACAACGGCACCGGGUUUGUGAAAUGUGGGUAUGCAGGCUCAAAUUUUCCGGAGCACAUCUUUCCAGCUUUGGUUGGAAGACCAAUUAUAAGAUCAACUGCCAAAGUGGGAAACAUUGAAAUCAAGGAUCUUAUGGUUGGUGAUGAAGCAAGUGAAUUACGCUCAAUGCUGGAAGUUAACUACCCAAUGGAAAAUGGCAUAGUCCGGAACUGGGAUGAUAUGAAGCACCUCUGGGACUACACAUUUGGACCAGAAAAACUUAACAUCGAUACGAAAAACUGUAAAAUACUACUCACGGAACCUCCUAUGAACCCAACGAAAAACAGGGAGAAGAUUGUAGAGGUAAUGUUUGAGACAUACCAGUUUUCUGGGGUAUAUGUAGCCAUUCAAGCUGUUCUUACUUUGUAUGCCCAAGGCUUACUGACUGGUGUUGUUGUGGACUCUGGAGAUGGUGUAACUCACAUUUGCCCAGUCUAUGAAGGUUUCUCUCUUCCUCAUCUUACCAGACGACUAGACAUUGCUGGGAGGGAUAUUACCAGAUACCUCAUCAAGCUGCUCUUGCUGCGAGGAUAUGCCUUCAACCAUUCUGCUGACUUUGAAACUGUUCGUAUGAUCAAGGAAAAGUUAUGUUAUGUGGGAUACAACAUUGAACAGGAGCAGAAACUGGCCUUAGAGACCACAGUACUAGUUGAGUCCUAUACGCUCCCUGAUGGCAGGAUUAUCAAAGUUGGUGGAGAGCGGUUUGAGGCACCAGAAGCUCUGUUUCAGCCUCACUUAAUCAACGUGGAGGGGGUUGGUGUUGCUGAACUGCUGUUUAAUACAAUCCAGGCUGCUGACAUUGACACCAGAUCUGAAUUCUAUAAGCACAUUGUAUUGUCUGGAGGUUCCACUAUGUACCCUGGGCUGCCUUCACGACUGGAACGUGAACUUAAACAGCUGUACCUGGAACGGGUUCUGAAAGGAGAUGUGGAAAAACUCUCUAAAUUUAAGAUCCGUAUUGAAGACCCACCUCGUCGAAAGCACAUGGUGUUUCUGGGUGGUGCAGUUCUAGCAGACAUCAUGAAAGACAAAGACAACUUCUGGAUGACCCGACAAGAAUACCAAGAAAAGGGAGUGCGUGUGCUGGAGAAGCUUGGUGUGACUGUUCGAUAAACUCACAACCCUGUUCCCGUCACAUGUCUAACGCUUUUAUUCCUUCAUUGCCAGUCUUUGAACUCAUUCAGCUACAUGACAUGGAAAGGCCUGUCUGUGCCCUUUGACCCAAAGGUCAGGUUUUGUUCUGGCUUCUUGGGGUAGCUUUUCUUAAAUGUUUGUUAAUAUGACUAAAUUUGACCACUUCCCUGCAAACAAAACAGAGCAAGAGCAGCCUGUCUGCUGCAUUGUUCCUUCUCAGGAAGGCAAUUCUGGUGGGCUUUUUUCUUCUGGGUUUAUUGCUGUAGUGCUGCUGGCUUUUGUCUCUAGCUCACUGGGGGUGGUGUGCCUUUCUUAGCAUAAGAAAACCUGUCAGCAGCAGCUUUUACCCUCACGUUAUUGUGGUGUUUACCUUUGCAUCUUUGGCCUUCAUCCCCAUUGGCAUUUAUUAUCACAAUUAGGAAUUCUGAUUAAAACCACAGUCAGAAACUGGUUUAACCAACCCAAAUGGCUUUCCACACGGUUCCAACAUAGUUUGACUCCAAAUGCACUGUCCUCUUAAACUGUGUUAAAAGGCAGUUUAUCUGCAGCUGUUUGACAGAAUUCCUAACCAAAACGACACAGUCAGUGGGGCUUUUCGUGGAGCGUUUCUUCAGAAUGGCUGUCUAAGCAGUUAUUGCCGCAAACCAACAAAUAUCAGAAACCUCCAGUAUUCUGACAAAUUUAAAUUUAUAGCCGUAUAGUUUCUUGGUGUUGUACAGCUUCACUGCUACGGGACACUGGGGGUCACCUUUAUUUAGAAAUACUCUUCUUUCUAUAGUUAAAUUUUGGUACCAUGUUGUGUCUAUGUAAUAGAGAGCAAGAGCUAUUAUGUUAUCGAUUCCAUUUCAUUGGGUUUGAGGUUUUGGCUAAGAAAUUUUAGAGCAGUUGGGUCUGGAGUCUAAAUCUUAACCUAUUGAAAAAUAACAUUUUCAAAAAUGCUUGUAAUAAUUCUAAUUAGAUGCAAUAAAAUACCCCAACAAACCGAGUUGUAAAAGCUUGUUGUUAGCGCUUUUGUGUACAUCAGAAGCGCUUCUAUUAAAAUUUGUAAGUACGUGAAUCCAGUGCCAAGUAGUUAUUGCAAAUGAAUCUUUCAUCUUAACUGACCAAUGUUUGUUUAAAUAAAGCAAGUAGAUAUUUAUAACAACCACUGGCAGUAGGUUAUGAAGAAUGACCUAUAUUUGUUGCAGUUAAAAAUAACAUUGACAUGUGAGACUUGUUGCUAGUUGGUAAAUAUACACAAUUCACUCUGUCUAGUCUUGAUUUUUGAUACUUGUGGGGGGAAGGAAGUUAAACCAGCGUUGAGAAUGUUGUUUCCAAAAAACACAUUAAAAGCUGAGAUUCAUUGAAAAAUA